AUGAAAUUUCUUGCGCUUACUUCCUUCGCGGUCUCGGUCUUAGCUGCCAGUCGCACUACUCCUCCAUCUGGAUCAAUUGUCGUUGCUAAAUCUGGCGGUGACUAUACCACUGUCAGUGAAGCCAUCGCCGCACUCGACACUGAUAGCACUGCGACCCAGACUAUCUUUAUUGAGGAGGGUACCUACGAGGAACAAGUUUAUAUUCCCAAAUUGUCGGGAGCACUGAUUAUCUACGGUCAAACCGAAGAUGACACAACAUACUCCUCCAACACGGUCACCAUUACCUACGACCUAAGUCUGGAUGAUGUCUCUGAUGAUGACGAAUCCGCGACUUUCCGUAACUGGGCCGCAAAGACAAGCAUCUACAAUAUCAACAUCGCCAAUACCUACGGCGAGGGAUCUCAGGCACUGGCACUUAGUGCAUACAACACCGAGCAAGGAUACUAUGCCUGCCAGUUUACCGGAUUCCAAGACACCGUGCUCGCAGAAACCGGAUACCAGGUUUACGGCACAUGCUACAUUGAGGGUGCCAUUGACUUUAUCUUCGGUCAAACCGGUAACGCAUGGUUCGAUAGCUGUGUCAUCGGUGUUCUGACCUAUAGUGAGGGCACAAUCACAGCCCAAGGCCGUCCAUCCAGCUCUGAUGAGGGUUACUACGUUAUUAAUGAGAGUACUGUUGAGGCUGCAUCUGGUGAAGAUGUAGUUGAGGGAACUUAUUACCUUGGUCGUCCUUGGACUGAGUAUGCUCGUGUCGUCUUCCAGAAUACCUAUCUCAGUGAUGUGAUUAACUCUGCGGGCUGGGUGGAGUGGUCUACUAGUGAGCCGAAUACUGAGGAUGUGCUCUUUGGUGAGUAUGAUAAUAGCGGUUCUGGAGCAGAGGGAACUCGUGCUAGCUUCGCUACUACUUUGUCUGCUGCUGUGACUAUUUCUGAUAUCCUGGGAAGCGAUUAUGAGGACUGGGUGGAUACUAGUUAUAUCUCUUAG